AUGCGCUUUAAGAGUUCUCACAGCACACCAGUGCGCACCACGGGUGACCAUGCUCGUCCCCCCCACCACCCACCCUGCCAGGUGGCGGCUGUGCUGUCGGACCACCGGGGCGACGUGGCGGCGUUCACUAGGCGGGUGCAGGCGCUGCAGGGGCUGCUGGAGGGCGUGCAGGCACAGCAGAGCGGUUGGAGCAUUGGGAACGGCGACCUGUGCGCGUUGGUGCGCGGGGAGGUGGCCUCGCAUGUGCUGCUGCGAUACUCCGACUUCCUCGACUGCCACAGGGCUCUCUCCGUGUUGAGGGCUCUCUCCGUGUUGAGGGCUCUCUCCGUGUUGAGGGCUCUCUCCGUGUCGAGGUGUGCUCCAGGGCUCUCUCCGUGUCGAGGUGCGCUCCAGGGCUCUCUCCGUGUCGAGGGCUCUCUCCGUGUUGAGGUGCGCUCCAUGGCUCUCUCCGUGUUGAGGUCUAUCAUGGAGAGCCGAGCGUGCAAGGUGCGAGUGCUGACACGGCAGGAGAUGCACGCAUGGCUGACAGAAAUAAUUGACAUGAAGAAGCACGCAUGA